GCUCUCUUGCGCCCAAGCUACUAUCAGUUUGCAUUACCGAUGAGACAGUGCAGGAUGGAUUUCCGAGUUUCUUCGAGCCAGUUGCGGCUUAUGCUUGUCCGCGUGACGGCUAAUCACGCGUUUAAGAGACGCGUAGUGCCCUAACAUGACAUCUCCCUUCUUCCACCAUUCCUUCAUUUAUGAUUAUUAAAGUUAUUCCAACCAUCCUGACAGAGAUUACGAAAGUGAGCGCGCGUUAAAGGCUUUCUCAGUAUUAUACCGAAGAUGGCGACACAAGACCGCCCAAACAUCAUCUUCAUGAUGGCGGACGAUCACGCCUCAAAGUCCAUCUCCGCCUACGGCGCUGGCAUCAACCACACCCCGAAUCUUGACAGGAUUGCCAAAGAGGGCAUGCUAUUCAAUCAUUGUUAUGUAACGAACAGUAUUUGUACUCCGUCGCGUGCUGCAAUUUUGACAGGAACCCACAACCACGUCAAUCUGGUCAUGACACUCAACUCCGAGAUCAACGAACGCCUUCCCAACGUGGCCAAAGCCUUGCAAGCGGGAGGCUACCAGACAGCAAUGGUGGGGAAAUGGCACCUUGGCGAAGGUAAGGGACAUGAGCCAACAGGUUUUGACUACUGGAGUAUUGUGCCUGGGCAGGGCGAGUACUACGAUCCUAUGUUUAUCGAGCCAUCAGGUACAAAGCGGGUUCCAGGAUAUGCAACAGAUAUCAUUGCCGAGAAGAGCCUGGACUUUAUCAAGAACAGGGACAAAUCGAGACCUUUCUUCGUCAUGUGCCAUCACAAGGCGCCGCAUCGUAGUUGGGAAUGCGACCCGAAGCACAAGCAUCUGUACAAAGAUCCAGUUCGAUUACCGGAUACCUUUACAGACGACUACAAGAAUAGAGCCAGGGCUGCCAAGAUCGCGAAGAUGCGCAUUGCAGACGACAUCACAUAUCAUGACUUGGGAUUGGUCCAGCCAGAUGGCGGCAACGAAGUCGGUGAGAAACUGAUCGAUAUAUACUGGUGGAACGAUCGAAAGAUUCCUAACCCUGAAGAUGUUACUAAGAUGCGCCUUCUCGAUAAAGACGACGGAACCGUCUUUACUUUCAAAACCCCCGCAGAGCUCGCCGAGUUCAAGUACCAACGAUAUAUGCAACGCUAUCUUCGCACCAUCCAAUCUAUUGACGAUAACACGGGCCGAAUGCUAGACUACCUGGACGCAGAGGGUCUGGCAGAGAACACAAUUGUAAUCUACACCUCAGACCAAGGCUUCUUCCUUGGAGAGCAUGGUUGGUUCGAUAAGCGCUUCAUGUAUGAAGAGAGUUUCCAGAUGCCGUUUCUGGUACGCUGGCCCAAGGAGAUUAAAGCGGGAUCCGUAUGCGACGACAUCAUUUGCAACGUGGACUUCGCGCCAACGUUUCUUGAUGCUGCGGGUCUGCGCAUACCGAGCUAUAUGCAGGGCGUAUCCUUCCGCAAGCUGCUACAAGGCCAGAUACCUUCGGAUUGGCAACAAGUUGCAUACCACCGGUACUGGAUGCACAACGACAUGAUUCAUGCGGCAUAUGCGCAUUACGGUGUGAGAGACCAGCGAUACAAGCUCAUUUACUGGUACAAUGAGGACUUUGGGAUUGAGGGUGCGAGACCAGCGGAUGCCGAGCAUAAAGAGUGGGAGCUGUUCGAUUGCCAGGAAGACCCGCUGGAGCUGUUCAACGUGUAUGCCGAUGCAGGAUACAGGGAUGUGGUAGAACAUAUGACACGGUUGCUGGAGGAUAAGAUGGCAGACAUAGGGGAUACACCAGUGCAUCCAACAAGGAACAGACCUGGUGGUCUCACCAAAGGAAGGAUAUGAGGAUGAAUGUAACGCAAUAAUCUUAUUACCAGAUUACAGGUGCUCUCGGAGAUUCUUGCUCCUUUUGCUACAAGCUGCCGUUAUAGCUUCCGCGUCUGUGUACCUUACUCAACCCAAAGGCUCUGCAUAGUAUUCGACUCGCUUUGUCAAUGUUUUACAUCCGUCCAUAGAUUGAUUGAGCAACAAUCGCAGCUGCGCCUUGUCUUCAUCUUCCUUCUCAUCCAACCAUGUAUGUCGGAACAUGUUCCCAUUCUCUGUUUUGUCAAUCACUUUCUCCAGGUCUCUUUUCUUCUUUUCCAAGUCUGUCAGUCGCUCAAGCAGCUUAAUCUUCUCAAUCCGCAACUGCACGAUAUCAUUCAUGAGUCGGGUUAGGGUUAUACUAAAGUAGGUUAUAAUAGACUGUGAUAGAGGUAGUUUUAGUAGAGUCUUAGUAUGAGUAACCUUCAAAGCAUGCACCUACGUUAAAAAGAUUUC